UUGUCAGUCAGACUUUGAACGGAGCACUGGCGCUCAUCACUGCUAAUCUCUGGCCAUUAACGACGCUGCUGCUGCUGCUCACAGUUAUCACCGACCAGCUCAGAAAUCUAUAGAUUAGGAUGAACAGUUGCUAAGAUAGGGCAGGAAAAAAAACAAAAAAAAAAACCCCGAAGGACAACAACCGUAGCAGGACUGAGCGGAGAUUAAACGUUAGCAACGCCGUUUAACGUUCACGUUACUCGGGGAGUUGCGAUGGUCCAGUUAAGGGAUAUUUUUCUAGCCUUGCUUCUUGUGGGCUGUACAGUUUCACUGGAAGUGCAGAUCACACCGAGUCAGGGUGAGAUUAGUCUUGGAGAAUCCAAAUUCUUCAUGUGUGAAGUUGUAGGUGUUGCCAAGCAGAUAGACUGGUUUGGACCAAGCGGGGACAGGAUAGAACCAAACAGACCAGACAUAACAGUAACCCGUAACGAUGAGUCAUCUUCCACCCUCACACUGUAUAAAGCUGGGACUGAAAACGCAGGGACAUACAAGUGUGUCGCUACCAAUGGAGACCUACAAGGGGAGUCAACCGUCAAAGUGAAAAUCUUCCAAAAAAUCACCUUCACAAAUGCACCGUCACCCCAAGAGUUUACCGAAGGAGACAAUGCCAACAUAAUUUGUGACGUCAUCAGUUCGCCGCCACCCACUGUCUUCUGGAAAUACAAAGGAGCAAAAAUACAGAUGGAAAAAGAUGUUCGGUUUAAGGUACUGAGCAACAAUCACCUUCAGAUCCGUGGCAUAAAGAAGACAGAUGAGGGCUCAUAUACCUGCGAGGGUCGCCUCAUGGCCCGCGGCGAGAUUGAUCUGCGGGUCAUCAAGGUCGUCGUGAACGUGCUCCCGACCAUCAGGGUAUGGCAGUCAGAGGUGAAUGCCACAGCAGAUGUCGGGCAGCCUGCCAUGUUGACUUGUGCUGUUGAUGGCUAUCCUGAACCCAUGGUGACCUGGACAAGGAACGAAGCGGUUCUGGAGGCUGGAGAGAAGUACAGCUAUAAUGAAGAUGGCUCAGAAAUGACAAUAAUGGAUGUCACCAAGCUGGAUGAGGGAGAGUACACCUGCAUUGCCAAGAACAAGGCUGGGGAAAGUGAGCAGGAACUCAGUCUGAGAGUGUUUGUCAAACCUAAGAUCACGUACAUCGUAAACCAGAGCACUUCAGAGAUGGAGGAGCAGGUAACUCUGACUUGCGAGGCAUCCGGAGAUCCAACUCCCACUAUCAGCUGGAGCUACGGUGAGCGCGUCUUCACUGAAGGAGAACAGGCACAUCUAAACAGGAUCUAUCAGGCAUCAUGGACUCGGCCCGAGCAACACAAGAGUCUGGAUGGAAAUGUAGUGGUGAGGAGUGAUGCUCGCGUGUCCUCCCUCACUCUGAAGUAUGUCAAGUAUACAGACGGUGGUCAGUACCUCUGCACAGCACGCAGUGCCAUUGGAGAGGAUGAUCAGCAGGCAUAUCUGGAGGUCCGCUAUGCUCCUAAGAUCCAUGGUGCAGUGGCAGUGUAUACCUGGGAGGGAAACGCUGUCAAUAUCAGCUGUGAGGUCAAGGCUCAUCCCAAUGAUGUAUCUAUUGUGUGGCUGAGAGACGGACUGCAGCUCCCCAACUCUAACACCACUAACAUUAAGAUCUUCAGAACUCCAUCAUCCAGCUACCUUCAGAUAACCCCCGAGUCUGAAAAUGACUUUGGGAGCUAUAACUGCACUGCCUCAAAUGAGAUGGGUACAGAGUCCAAGGAGUUCCUCCUCAUUCAGGCCGAGGUGCCAUCAGCUCCAUCCAUCAGUGAGGUGAGACCCUUCUCCACCACAGCACAGAUCCAGUUUGAGGAGCCCGAAUCCACUGGAGGUGUUCCUGUUCUGAAAUACAGAGCAGAGUGGAGGACUCAAGGCAGGGGCAGCUGGGUGCAUAGAGUCUAUGAGGAUGGCUCCAUCAGCGAGGUGACUAUCACAGGCCUGAAGCCAGAGACCAGCUACGAAGUGAAGUUGUCAGCCAUCAACGGCAAGGGUGGAGGUGAAAGCAGUCCCGCUGAGUUCUUCAAGACGGAGCCUGUCCGCCACACUUACAAAAACGGCAUUUUUCAUUUUUUCUCUGAAGACACAGGGAAUCCCAAUCCUCCUAAACUCGAAGGGGCACUUCAACCCAAAGGCAACUCCCUAAAAAUCAGCUGGAUCAAGCAGGACGACGGCGGCUCGCCCAUUUUACAUUAUCUCGUCCGCUAUAAACCACUACAGGCACCAGACUGGAAGCCAGAAAUCCGGCUGCCCAGCGGCAGCGAGUACGUGGUUCUGAGCGCGCUGGAGUGGGACACAGAUUACAGUGUCUAUGUGGUGGCAGAGAAUCAGAAGGGCAAGUCCCAGCCAGCAACCAUGUCCUUCAGGACGUCCACAAAGCCAGAAGCCAUCCCAGAUUUGGGUGAUGAGGCGGCACUCUCCAUGGGCAUCAUGCUCUGGGCAGGGAUCCUUGUUGUAGUAUUUGUACUCCUGCUGCUGGCCGUGGAUGUCACCUGUUACUUUGUCAACAAGUGUGGCCUCAUAAUGUGCCUCUGCGGCAAACCCGGCACCGGGACUAAAGGACACAACUUGGAGGAGGGCACGGCAGCUUUCAUCAGGAAAGAUGAGUCCAAAGAGCCAAUAGUGGAAGUCAGGACAGAGGACGAGUGCACAGCCAAUCAUAACGCAGCGGGACCAACAACAGAACCCAAUGAAACCACACCUCUCACAGAGCCAGAGCUGGCGGCUUACACUGCUGCUCCGGCACUGGACACGCUCUCCUCCAUAGCCACCAACUCUGACACAGCCACUGCAACAAUUGACCCCGCUCAGGACAGCCCCUCUAGCGAGACCACUACCCUCACUUGUAGCCUGUCUACCCCUGCCAACGACCCCUCAGAACCCUCACCCACCCCUAGCCCAGCUCCGGCCCCGACUCCAGAGUCGAACACCGCCCCGCCGACUCCGCUCAUCACCACCUCUGCCGUCGAAGCUAAAAUGGCUCCGUUAGUAGAACAAAGAGGAAGUAACAGCCUGGAAGAACAGGAGAAAAUAACCACUCCUCCUUGUACACCUGAACGGACUAAAGUUCAAAAAGCUGGGGCGCCGAUACCACCGAUGCGUAGACACUCUCCUAAACUUGCCGCUCUGAAUGCUAAAGGUAGCCCCCCUGUAUCUCCGCUCGUUGCGUCUUCUCCAUCGUCCUCUCCCACUCUCGACACCAAGAAACCUGCUCCGAGCCCACCGGUCAAGAAGCUACCCAUAAAGCCACACGACGUAGCCUUAGACAUCGAGACGCCAGCACAAACUGCCUCCACUCUAGCAACCACUGCCCCACCAAAACCAGACCCUGAUUCAGUUCCAAAUGCCCCAAAUCCCAGUGCGUAUAGCCUUACUGCCUUUGACACAAAUAAUAAACCUGCUGCCCAGCUUGUCGAUGAAAACAUAUCCACUGCCAAAGAUGCUGUAAGUAGCUCUCCUUCAGUGAUCCACAGUGCUCCUAAAGUCCUGGAUGCUGAAGUAUCUGCUCCUCUGGUUUCUCCUCUACCCAUUACUCCCAUUUCUUCUAUUCCUGCCCCUGCUGGUCUCGAGGCGCCGGCCUCAAAUGAUUUUCUCACAUCGGGGUCCGACACGUAUGACUUACUAACCUCAGCCGUGGGACCCAAAAAUGCGGAUUUAGAGUUAGCGCUGACAAACGGGACAGAGAGACCUUACCGGCCCCCCGCGGACCUUAUUAGCUUAGAGAGCCCGCCCUCUGCCCCCUCUAUGGCCAAUGGAGACGGAGCAGACCUCCCCCCCUCAGGCCCAGUUCUGGAGGCAUCAGAGACUCUGGCCAAGACUGCUCCUCCUGUCAACGAUGAGAAGAUUUUCUCUGAUGAGAAAGGCAAACUGGAGUUAUCAAACACCGUGACGGAGAUCGCUGCAGAACACAAGAGUGUCAUACAGACAAAUACCACCCAGAGCAAAGCAUGAUGGGGGGAAACCCCAGCCCAACCCAAAACAUUUUUUUGCAGCAGCAUUGAGCGAGAAACACUGCAGGAGUUUUGAUUUCCAGUGCCCUUAACUACAUAUUUAAAACAACACACACGUGUCCAUUGGUUACAGCGCACUUUGACUGUGCUUUCAUUUCUGGUUUCAUUCAUGAAAUGUUUACUACAUCCAAGGAGUUUAUCUUUAGGUCAUAAGAGAUUCAUUUUAUUUUUUUAUUGUUAUUUUAUUUAACCAGUCAGGACAAUUAAGAACAAUCUCUUAUUAUAAUGAUCGCUUGGUAAAUAUAUGAAAUUAGACUCUACUUUCUAUUGUGCUUAUAGUUUGAAUUGCAAUCGCAUACAAGUAUUGAAUUAUGAGAAAUGUGUAAAAAAAAAAAAAAAACCCUGACUAUAUAUAGAAAUUAUUUUUCUUAUUUUCAUGUUCAACUGUUCAAAUUUUUUUUUUUUUUUGGACUUAAUUUGUGGGCUAGUCUCAUUAAAUAGCUUGUUCUGCAUGUCUGACCUGCAAGUGGUUGUAAAGUUUUGUUUACAAGGUUUAUGUUUUCACUUUGUCUGUUACAGGGAUGUGUCAUCUCUCACAGAUAUGCUGGCAUUGAUUUAACACAGGCCCCAGUUCAAUGUUUGGAUUACAACCAUAUUUGCUAUGGUGAUAAAAAUACAGGAUUAACCCACAGCCAGCUGCAGGGGGAAAAGAGACCGACGGAGAAUCACACAGACGGUGUGCAUGAUCAGAUCAGAUUUGGCCCAUUUUAUGAUCAAAUGUAUUCAGUCUGUCACUGCCUUACCACAGUGUUAGUUCAAAAUAUUCAUUAAUAACGUGUAUUUGAUUAAAAAAGGCAACUCACUGAACACAAACAGACAAAAAAAAAAAAACAAAGCCAGCAGAACUGCUGAUUCUCAGCCAAGGGUUGAAGAGCCGUGAAUCAAGCGAAUGUCUUAUGAUCUUGCGCUAAAUAUACGCCACGUAUUUGUUUAGGGGGCAACGACUACAAUAACUAUUGUUUCUUCCUCACAUUAAAGCAGAUCAAAGGUCUGGCUUCGUACUUUGAGUUGUGACUUUGAAGCAAAAAAUAAAGAAGCAUUUUUGUACUAUUUAAAAACUACAAAAGAUUUAUUUUCCAUUUCCUGCCUGCAAGCUUGUGCACUGUGCCUGUGUGUCAGUAGAUUGUCUUGUCAUCAGUUUCUAUGAUAAUCUGCAUAGCUUUGUCGUGAGAGAUUUAGCCGAUUCUUUUUUUAUUUAAUAUAUUGUAUUACUAGAAGAAAAAGUAUGAUAAAUGGACUAAUGUGGUCAUUAUAACACGUGUAGUGUAUAAAACUGUCCGUCUCUGGUCACAGCACUAUAUAUCGCCAGCUAUAGUGAAGGAAGGUGUUUUGAGCCUUGGCAUGAAUUCAGUCAGUACUUCAUAACGUAUAACUACGAGGCAGAUAGACGUGCCCAUGUUUGUUUGGGGUAAAUAGUUCUCAUAUUGAUUUAAUGAGUGUUACCUUUUGGGGCUUGUUCUGGCAUUACUACACAUUGUUUUUAUUUCUCUCCCCCCCAGUUGUUAUUCAAGUGUUCUGUAAUGUGGUCUUUGAAUUUUUCUUUUUCUUUUUUUUUCUUUUUAAAGUUUUUGUCUUUUUGUACAAAAAUCACUCACCAAGAGCAACUGCUUGACAAGUUGAGGAUACCGCCGGCAGGAAGCAGGGUGGUCCACCUGAAACAGGAGAUCAAACUUUUUUUUUUAAAAAAAGCUUUAGAUAACAGAUGUAAUGCCAAGAGAAGUGAUUAAAGAUUUAAAGUAUAUAAAGAAAAAGACGAUCUUUACUCACCUUGUACUCUGCUGUUACCAGACCACCUUGCUCCCCCGCCUCUGGAUGCUCCUUUUGGUUUUAUUGGGUCAAACUCAGAAAAAUAUCUGUUGUGUACAGUCUGAGUGCUAACCCAUUUACAAAAUAAAAAUGGUUUCUGAAUCUAA